GAGAGCGAAGAUCUGGAAGACAAUGGAGCAGACAGUUGUAUCAGGCCUGAUAACGACUGCGUUCAUAAUGCUGCUGGUGAUCCUACUCGCCAUGUGGAGGGUAACUCUAUGCCUUCGAACCAAGAUCUCAAAUUGGGCUCAGAAAGCCACCGAGUCCAUACCCACGUACACGAGCUCCGUGGACAAUCCUGUAUUCGGCAAGGACGAUGUCCCUCCAGUGAGAAGAUUUCCAACAGCAUACUGGAGCCUCUCCCGGGCCACUUCGAAGACCAAACUCGUGUCAGCUGUCGUUCCUCUGUCCGAGGAUCUGGCCCCGUCGCCUGAGCCCCAUCACGCGGAAGAAGAGCACAAUGUCUAGCCUCGGGGGAGCUGAUUCGAUCGGCGUGGACUGAAAAUCCUUCACUGCUCGAUCUCUCUCUUGCUUCGCACUCUCUCUGCUGAUCCCCAUUGACUGCGUUGACUCCGUGGACGACCGCUUGGGCGAGGGAGACCAGGGUUUUGGGUCUGUGCUGUCCAUGACAAGCCUGCGUUUCCGUGUUAACAGUGUGAUUUCUAAUUAGUUGAAUUUUCUUCGUUAGUUAAGCAAUAUUAUUCUAUCCAGCUUUACUUUCUAAAAGGUCUCCAAUCUGUACAUCUAAUAAAUUUAAUACUUUUCAAAUC